GAACGCUGCCGAGUCCUUUGCGCAAUUCCGGUCUGAAAGUAUUUUAUGCUUGCUUGCAUCCGACAAUCCAGCAUUCAGGCCAACAGACAAAUAGUAUCCCAUUGCUUUCAGCUUUAACGUCCAUGUCGUUAUGGCUUCCUCGCUCGCAGCCAACACUCCUUGCACGUUCUUAUAGUCGCAAUCCUCACCACAUUGCACAACGAGCUCAUCUCGUCUCUACCUUGGCCCUUCGUGGUGCUGCAAAUUACCCCGCUCACUUUCACCCGAGCCCCCACGCCUUCCUUAUUUCUUAUCGCUCAAAUAGCAGUCACAGUACACCCAGCACACCUCCCAGCUCAUCCAGGCACGAGUCAACUAGUGUACCCAGUGAUCCGUCCACUUCUCCGGACCCCAAACCUUCUCCACCUGCACCUAAAGAUGCAGCAAGCCAAGCACCUCUUAUGACAAGGGCUUGGAAAAAGGUCAAACACGAAGCAGCCCACUAUUGGCACGGUUCGAAACUGCUUGUAUCUGAAGUGCGUAUUUCGGGGAGGUUGCAAUGGAAAAUCUUGCACGGAGAGAGCCUGACGCGGAGAGAGCGAAGACAGCUGAGACGUACGACGCAAGACAUACUAAGACUUGUGCCAUUCGCUGUGUUCAUUAUUGUGCCUUUCAUGGAACUUUUACUUCCAGUUGCUCUGAAAUUGUUCCCGAACAUGUUACCAUCAACGUUCGAGGACAAGUUUGCCGCUGAGGAAAAACAACGCAAGCUCCUUCGUGUUCGGCUCGAGAUGGCCAAGUUUCUCCAGGAGACUCUUCGUGAAUCAGGUCUCAAAGCAAACGCCCACAUAGUCGGCUCAGAUGCAUUCAAGGAAUUCUUCCGCAAAGUCCGUUCAACUGGGGAGUCUCCUUCUGCAACAGAUGUCGUCAAUGUGGCCAAACUAUUCGACGAUGACCUCACGCUUGAUAACCUUUCACGUCCGCAACUUGUCUCGAUGUGCAGGUAUAUGGGCAUAAAUGCGUUCGGGACUGAUAACUUCCUCCGAGGUGCUCUUCGCUCUAGGCUUAUGACCCUUCGCCGGGACGACCAGGCAAUAUUUACAGAAGGAGUUGAUGAACUGUCGGCAUCUGAACUUCAAGCUGCUUGUCAAUCUCGUGGGAUCCGUACUGGUGGACUUUCUCCUGCAAGGCUCCGUGACGAACUGACGACUUGGAUACAAUUACAUUUACACAAUCGCGUUUCCGGUGUCUUGUUGGUCCUUGGGAGGGCAUUCUAUUUCGAUAAGAAACCCGGCGAAGACGAAGACGGGAAGACGGGCGUCAUCAAGAGCUUGGAAAGCGUUUUGAGUGGCCUGCCGGACAACUUGCUCAAUGAAGCGGAAUUGGAAGUCGACUCGGACAAUGCCAGUUAUAAACAGAAACUCGAAGUCCUACAGCAACAAGAAGAACUCAUCGAGGAUGAGGAGGAACAGGAGCAAAAGGAAGAAGAUGCUAGACGUGUGAAGCGUGAAGCUGACGAAAUGGAAGCACGUACUGCUCAAUCUCUCCUGCCCGAUUCUGAGCUUCAUCCGCAGAAAGUUGAGGAAGGCAAAGCUCGUAUGACUACAGAACAACUCAAGGAACUGAGCGAGGCUUUGUCUAUCCUGUCCGCGAAAUCUAGUGUGCUCAAAGAACGCGACGAACUUCGUGCUUUGAUGGAGGAAAAUUUACAGGCUGAAGAGGACCCUAAGUCACCUACUAAUGCGCUUACCAAACGCAUCCGGACCAUGCUCACGAAGAUCGACUCUCAGUUGGAGGAAUAUGACUCGCGUGUAGGUAGCUCUCUGCAGAUGAUAUCUGCGGAUGCACAGGGGCGUAUAUCAGUCCAGGAUCUUGAGAAGGCAUUGGCGGUAAUCAAACAUAGACCGGAUGACCAAGUUGGGGCUGCAGUUGUCAAGAAAUUAGAUGUGGAUAAGGAUGGGUUCGUCGAGUUGGAACACGUGUUGGGUCUCGUCAGAGAGGAAGGUUUAGGUUUGGUAGUAGAUGAUGAUGCUCAGACUAUCAUUGGUCAAGGCAGAGAAAUCAAAGAUUCAAGACCGCGUAAGGAGGAUAUCGUGCAGGAGUAGUCGUAAGCGACACUCCAGUAUUCAUAGCAUAGACUAUUAGACAUAGCUUAUAUCUACUAACAUUUCCUAGAAAUGUACAAAUCUCAUUUCGGAUUGUCUUGUUACCGGCCAUCCAGCCGACACGUUGGAAUAACGUCGACGUGCAUUAUUGAGUUCAUAUUUAUGUUUAACCUAGCCUGAACAACCCUGCCGUAAUAUCAAUGAUGAGAGAAGUAACAGUCGAGGCUUCGAAAUUGAAGCACUAUGAAUAAUGAUUCAAAGCAUCAACAUGAAAGCGAAUAUGAAAUAAAACUGGGGCGGGAAAGCGUAGCUAGAUCAUGAUCAUCGAUGUAAGUGAGAUAGUCCCCUAUUAUGCAGGAUCGCUCGAUAGCAAAAGGGACGUCAAAGCAGCAGCGUGUGAUGGAGGACUUGCGCCUUUUCUUUUGAUCUCUUUUGGUUAUCACUAGCGUAUAUUCAUGAGCCGUUUUAUCGCGAGCUCUUGACACCAGUGCUGGUAGCGUCACCGUUCGAUAUGACUUCUGAAAUUUUGCUCAAUUUUGGAUCGCUGUCGUCGGGUAUAUCACUGUCUUCUGUGCCCCUUUCUUCCUCCAUAUACCCCUCAUCAUCCUCGUCGUCAUCUGCAAGCUCGGCCCACCACCGACCAGCUUGAAGAAU